ACCAGGAAGCUCUGCGACAGCGUGAUGAUCAGUUGAGCGAUGUGUUGAGUACUGUGAUGUCUACACCCGCGACGUCGGUCGAUGCCCAGCGAGCAGCACUGUUGGCUAGAUAUCCGCAAGCAGUCGAGAGCAUUUUGUCAGCUCGAAGCGGCCACAGUCACGAAACGACGGGAGAGAAUAAUAAAGAUAAAGACCACGACGUGGAACAAAUACAAGGUGAUGCAGCUAGUGCCAAGAUUUGUUCGACUUCUGCUUUUACAGCCAACAAGGAGAAGGAGAAGGUGUUGGAGGACCUACCGGAC